AUGUCGUACUCCAAAGUCAUGACUGGCAGCACGGCGGUAACGGGUAGCACCAAGUGCGGGACAAAGAGGCCUGGCAAUUCAUUGGGUACCGCCGCCACGUACGACAAGAGUCAGUACGACAUCACCAACGUUACUUGGGGGACUCUAGAAUCUCGCUUUGAUGAGCUUAUCGCGCUCAUGGACACCCCCACCACUGGCGUCAAUGCGCUAAAGGUGACCGCCGCGAAUCGACAGCGUAUCGGCAGCGCGAUCGCGGCCCUUCUCGACAGGGCACAAGACGAGUGUCGACAGCUCCUGUUAGACGGGGAUGCUGGCGCGGCAGAGAAGGCUGGUGUGCUCGUGCUGCGAUUGCGAGAAAGGUUCUACAAAGCGAAUCAUGUAGAGCUGAUUCCCGGCUAUCUUCACCUUGCCCGUACAACGCAGUUUCUGAAGCGAUACGGAGAUGCGGAGGAUAUGCUGUCGCUUGCGCAGUACAUUAUGCUGAAGCACACCGACGAGGUCACAGUAACCAUGAAGGCCGACCUGCACCAAGCAUUCGGGCUCCUUUAUGCGGCGGACAGCAAACUGGAGGCAGCGGUGCAGCAGCUUAGCCGAGCAAUCUACUACCUCUCGCUCCAGCACGGGUCGCGACACGUUCUCACUUCAUUCAGCUACUUUGAUCUCGGCAACGUCAUGGCGGCGAAGGCGAGCAUGGAGAAUGCAAUGGCACUUUACGACGCUGUGAAGGAGAUAUGGUAUGCACACUUGGUUACCGCGCUCACAGACGUCGUGGCACGCCGCAAGGAUAUGCAGGCCCAGCUGAAGUACACCGAGAACAUACCGGCCCAGGAGCUGCGACAGGCUUGCUACGCCACAGCGCAUGCCUUCGGCAGCGAGAACUUGGCAGAUGCGUCAAAGAUGCUGCACGGCAUCUCUCGUAUUCAGCAAAAGCGUUUCCACAACGUCCACCCCAGUCCCGUGCGAGCAGAGUUCAUCCUGGGUCUUUUUCUUCUAUGGACGGACAAUGAGUCAGAGGCGCAGAGGCACCUGGUAGCUGCCCGCGCCGGCUCGCAGCACUUCUACGGCCCGCGCCACCCAGUCGUACAGGAGAUCGAAGGCUGGUGCUCAAAGUUUGAGCUGGCUUACGAGACUACCGAAGACAAUCUAGCCAAAAGUGAAGAUAUACCAAUCGUAGAGGCAGGGGCGAAAAUGCACAGCGACAGCGCUGAAGCUUCACAUUCAUGA